AUGGCAGCCCACGAAAUCGUUAUCUUGGGCGGAUCCUACGGUGGCCUCGCCACGGCGCACGAUCUCGUCAAGAAAUAUAUCCCAUCCGUCGCCAAGGUCACCGGCCAGAAAUACCAUAUUACUAUGAUCUCGUUAUCUACCCAUUUCCACUUCCCUGUCGCCGUCCCUCGAGCCGUCGUGGACCCUUCACUGAUCCCAAUUACAAAACUCGAGGUCCCCAUCAAAGGAAAAAUCCCGUUCCCAGAAGAUCAAUUUACUUUUGUUCAUGCUGAGAUCACAUCGUUCGAUCCAGGCUCUCGUACCGUUUACUACACCCUUCUCGACGACGAAUACAACAAGGGCGCAGGGGGCUCCAUCCACUACGACUCGCUUUUCAUUGCUCUCGGCUCGCACACCAAGCAUCCUGCCUUCAAGCCUAAAGCCUCCCAUCUCGAAGUUAUCCGUGAAAUAGAAAAGCUCAACGGAGAGAUCAACGGCGCUAAAAGUAUAGUUAUCGCUGGUGGUGGCCCUGUUGCAGUUGAGACUGCUGGCGAGCUCGGAAGCAAAUAUGGCACUUCCAAGUCCGUUACACUUGUCACUAAUGGGCCACGCCUGUUACACAACGUCAACCCUGACAUUGGAACUAACGCCAAAUACUUUUUGGAGAAAAUGGGUAUCCAUGUUACCUUGAAUGCUAAUGUAACUUCGGCUACAAAACUUGAGACGGGCCAAACACGAGUCCAGUUUGGACAAGAUCAGUCUGUCGAUGUCGAUUUGUACAUCGACGCCACCGGUGUCAUUCCAAACAACGAGCCUAUCCCCAAGGAGCUCCUAACUGAUCGCGGGUUUUUGGAAGUCGAUGCCUACCAACGAGCUACGAAGGCUGGCGCUUUGGUAUACGGAAUUGGAGAUAUCGUUGGGGGGUGGGCACAGAUCGCAGAAUUAGUCUUCAUCAAAGGCGUGGUAUUCGGGAAUUGGGCCCACGAAGUCUCAGGUGGGAAGGUUGGCAAGGAGACAGCCUGGGAAACGCCAAAGAACAGCAUGAUGUUGGUACCCGUCGGAACUAAAAAAGCUGUUGCGACUGCCUUUGGCUGGAGGUUUCCCUCAAUAUUUGGUUGGCUUUUGAAGGGCCGAGAUUAUAUGAUUGGGAAGGCUGAGGCAACAGUUACUAAUGGUAUUUAA